AUUGAAGUAGGCCUUUUGUAUAGCUAUGAAUUGUGAAUUGUCAUUUUUGUUGGCACUAAAAAUUGUUCAGUCAUAGGCCAAGGACACUCAAACGUCGCACAGAAAUACUGGAAGAUAAAUCAAUUUUGUGAAUAGCACGGAUCAGUUAACGACUUGAAGAUGUCUGCAGAGGUGGAGGAGAUGCUGAAACGUUUUCAGGGUGUUAAGAAUAUUAUCGGCAUUAUUGUUUCGGACUACGAUGGCAUUCCCAUCAAGUCAACAUUAGAAAAUCAACUAGCAAUUCAUUAUGCUUGCCAUAUGCAUUUGCUAACGGAGAAGGCACGACAGGUGAUCUUAGACCUGGAUGCAACCAAUGAAUUCAUAUCUAUGCGCAUGCGUACCUCCUACUUUGAGGUAAUACUCAUGCCCUCCGAUAACUACUUUAUAGUCGUUAUUCAGAAUCCAAGCGACUAGAUAUGGGUAUUUGUUGUAAAUUUGUAUUGUGUUAACUAUUAAAGAUGUUUAA